AUGUCAGAGAAAUUAUUACACAACUUUAACAAAUCAAUCUCCGACUUACGAAAAGACGUCCAGGAGUUGGGAGACCGGACUGCCCAUAUGGAAAACCGCAUGGGCGAAUACGCGGAGGCGCACAAUGAUAUGGCAGACCAUGUCCAGCAUCUGGAACAAGAACUGUCAGCGUGCCAAAACAAACUUAUGGACCUGGAGGAUAGGUCUAGGAGACACAACAUACGCUUCCGAGGUAUACCUGAAGCUAUUAAACAAGCGGACAUAGCAGCACACCUCACGGAUCUCUUUAAAACCCUGGCUCCGGAUCUCCCGGCGGACGUCCUCCUUUUUGACAGGGCCCACAGGGUUAUGAAGCCUAAAUUCCUCCCGGAGGAAGCCCCCAGAGACAUACUCGCCUGUCUUCACUAUUACCACGCAAAGGAAGCGCUAAUGCAGGCAUCCAGGUGGCGGAAGGACCUCCCGGCCCCAUACAACACCAUUCAACUAUACUCCGACCUCUCAGCAAGAACUCUGCAGAAGAGGAGAGAAUUUAAAGCGAUCACAGAUGCGCUCCGUCUACACGACAUGCCGUACCGCUGGGGUCACCCGGUGCGCCUCCUCAUUCACAAGAACGGAGUUAUUAAUACCAUCACCACCCCGGAGGAAGGCAAGAAAGCCCUGAAGAAAUGGGGCAUACCAUUUCUACCCAGCACCCACCCACGGCAGGACAACCAGCAACACCCGACCAAGCUACACUCUGACUGGAAGAAACAGCGAGCCGGAGGGAGAGAUUAA